UGUUCCCCCCUCUCCUAGAACGUCACCGCUGAUGUGUCUUCCUCUCUCCCAGCCUAUUUGCAUCCCCUUCUCCUUAUUUUUCCUUCCCUCUCCUGGCUGUCUGUCAUUCUGCAUCCCCCCUUCUCUCAUCAAGCCUCUUUGCCUUCUCCAAAUCUCUGUCCUCAUAUCACAGAUGAUGUGACUUCUCUGCCUCCCUCCUCCUCCGGCUGGUCCUCCCCUCUUCUCCCUCCUUUCUGCAGUGCUAUGAAUAACCCAGCCAUGAAUCCUCUAUUAACUCCCAACCUUCUCCUGCUCUCAUCAGACCCCCCUCUGCAGCAGGGGGACAGCCCCCCAUCACCGACACAGUCAUCGCUGCUCUUGGGGACCCCCUACACUCAGACUGGGGGGGCCUCGGCUCUGAGGAAUGACUUUGGCUCAAACAUCAGCGUCUUGAAGACCCUCAACCUGCGCUUCCGCUGCUUCUUGGCCAAGGUGCACGAGUUGGAACGGAGGAACCGGUCUUUGGAGAGGGCCUUAGAAAGAGCCCAAGGAGCGGGCCCCAUCACCAGGGACCAGGCAGUCCAGACUGGCUUCGUGGGGCCCAUUCUGCCCCCUCCGUUACUGGGGCUUACCCGGCCAACUCCCACUCCCCCUCCUCAGCCAUGGGUCUACGGGCCAAGGAGGUUCAUGCCCCGCACAGACAUAGGGUCCAUUGGAUCCGGAAGCGGAGCCUAUUGGGGUCACGCCGAUGGGGUCGGAGUUCAGAUCGAUACCAUCACCCCAGAAAUCAGAGCGCUGUACAAUGUCCUUGGCAAAGUGAAGAGAGAGAGAGAUGCCUACAAACAGAGAUGGGAGGAGGAAUAUUCCGCUCGCGUACAGCUGCAGCAGAGAGUGGCGGAGCUGGAUGAGGAGGCUCAGGAUUCUGCCCUGUACCAGGAGGAACUAGCCAUGAAGGUCAAACAGCUGAAGGCCGAAAUUGUGGUCUUCAAGGGCUUAAUGAGCAAUAACCUGUCAGAGCUGGACUCCAAGAUCCAGGAGAAGGCCAUGCGGGUGGACAUGGACAUCUGCCGCCGGAUUGAUAUUACAGCCAAACUGUGUGAUGUGGCCCAACAACGCAGCUGUGAAGACAUGAUAAACAUGCUACAGACCGUCCACCACUCCCCGAUGAAAGUGAGAAGGAAAGAGAAGAAACCGGUCCAUGAUGAUGACACAUCCAUGUGUGACAGUGAGAGCGCGAGGGGAGGGGAAGAGGAUGAGAGUACAGCACUGAGUAUCAACGAAGAGAUGCAGAAGAUGCUAAACCAGCUGAGGGAUUAUGAUUUCGAGGAUGACUGCGACAGCCUGGCCUGGGAGGAGACCGAGGAGACUCUGUUAUUGUGGGAGGACUUUUCCGGAUAUGCAAUGUCGGCUGGUGAGCAUCAAGGAGAGGCUCAGGAUGACAGUCUGGAGGAGGUGAUAAAAGAUACGGAAUCUCUCUUUAAGAAUCGGGAGAAGGAAUACCAGGAGACCAUAGGUCAGAUCGAGCUGGAGCUGGCCACGGCGAAGGACGACAUGACCCGUCACCUGCAUGAAUACAUGGAGAUGUGCAGCAUGAAGCGCGGGCUCGAUGUGCAGAUGGAGACAUGCCGGAGACUGAUCAACCAAUCAGAAGAGAGGUCUCCUCCACCCAGCAGCGAAUCCGCCUGCAACGAGGACCCCGAAGACUCAGACCGCGACGCCCCAUCUUCGGACAGCUCGGCCAGAUGAUAAAAGAGGAACUCCGGAUCGCUCUGCACCUGCCACCACUGCCUGGAAAAGGAGGGGGGCGGCGUGAUGCCGUGUGCAUAAGAUGUUCAUUCCCCGCGACGGAUUUCCGAGUGUGUCUGCAAAACGCCAGGAAAACGACCAGCGGGUGCAGCUGCUAGACUCUUGGCAUACAAAGGGGGAGGGCGGGAGAAGGGUGCAACGCUGAACAGAGCCUGUGGAUUGGACGGGCGCUCUGGCUUGGUAUAUAUAGGGGUUCGAUGCUUUAUCCUGUACGUAUAGCUGCAAUAAUGUCUGUAGAUAUUGUCUAUAUAGGUGUGGGUGCUAGGCAUGAUUCACUUGUAGUCUGCGGGGAAUAUUACGGGGAAUGUAUAGGUGUCACACGCCGAUGGAUUUGGAUGAAAUAUGUCUGUGCUCGGGCUACUUCAACAAGUGCGGUGCUCAGGCCAACAGCGACAUGCAAACUGCAGUAACCUUCAGUGGCC